UUUAUUUUCAAUUUUAGAUCGGAGGCAAUAAGCACACAAUGAAUGAGCACCUCCAUGUUGGUAGCCACGGACAAAUCCAGGUUCAACAGCUGUUCGAAGAUAAUAGUAACAAAAGGACAGUUCUGACAACGCAGCCAAAUGGACUUACAACACUUGGCAAAUCUGGAUUGCCGGUGGUUCAAGACAGACAGUCGGAGAGUUCUCACAGACGACAAGGGAGCUCCAGCUCUUUAAAAUCUACAGAUGGAACGGGGAAAGUGAAAGCCUCUGUUAUGACACCAGAGCAGGCAAUGAAGCAAUACAUGCAAAAAUUAACAGCUUUCGAGCAUCAUGAAAUUUUCGGCUACCCUGAAAUAUACUUUUUGGGUCCAAAUGCAAAGAAGCGGCAAGGUGUGGUUGGUGGUCCAAACAAUUGCGGGUAUGAUGAUGACCAGGGGUCUUACGUGCAAGUACCCCACGAUCAUAUUGCAUACAGGUAUGAAGUCCUGAAAGUUAUAGGGAAAGGAAGCUUUGGGCAGGUGGUGAAGGCCUACGAUCACAAGAUGCAUCAGCAUGUGGCACUAAAAAUGGUGAGGAAUGAAAAACGUUUCCACCGCCAAGCUGCGGAAGAAAUUAGGAUCCUGGAGCAUCUCCGGAAACAAGAUAAGGAUAACAACAUGAAUGUUAUUCACAUGUUGGAAAACUUCACAUUCCGCAACCAUAUCUGCAUGACAUUUGAAUUGCUGAGCAUGAACCUCUAUGAAUUAAUAAAGAAAAACAAGUUUCAGGGCUUCAGCCUGCCUUUGGUCCGCAAGUUUGCCCACUCAAUUUUGCAGUGCUUGGAUGCUUUGCACAAAAAUAGAAUCAUUCACUGUGACCUUAAACCAGAGAACAUUCUGUUGAAGCAACAGGGUAGAAGUGGUAUUAAAGUGAUUGAUUUUGGCUCAAGUUGUUAUGAGCAUCAGCGUGUCUACACUUACAUUCAGUCACGUUUUUACCGUGCGCCUGAAGUCAUCCUUGGUGCUCGUUAUGGAAUGCCCAUAGAUAUGUGGAGCUUGGGCUGUAUUCUAGCAGAGCUUCUCACUGGUUAUCCACUUUUACCUGGAGAAGAUGAAGGAGACCAGCUGGCUUGUAUGAUUGAGCUAUUGGGCAUGCCUUCUCCAAAACUCCUAGAUUCAUCCAAGCGAGCCAAAAACUUUGUGAGCUCUAAGGGUUAUCCCCGCUAUUGCAGCAUCACAACCUUGUCUGACGGUUCUGUAAUACUCAAUGGUGGACGCUCUCGAAGGGGAAAAUUACGUGGCCCACCAGAGAGCAGAGAAUGGGGUAAUGCAUUAAAGGGAUGUGAUGAUCCCCUGUUCCUUGACUUCUUAAAACAGUGUUUAGAAUGGGAUCCUGCUAUCCGCAUGACACCUAGCCAGGCUUUGCGUCACCCCUGGCUAAGGAGACGGUUGCCAAAGCCUCCAACUGGGGAGAAGGCCUCGGCAAAGAGAAUAACAGAGAGCACUGGUGCUAUAACGUCGAUUUCCAAGUUACCUCCGACUUCAAGCUCAGCUUCAAAACUGAGGACUAAUUUGGCACAGAUGACAGAUGCCAAUGGGAAUAUUCAGCAGAGAACAGUGUUGCCAAAACUCGUUAGCUGAGUUUGAAAAACCCAAUGCUGUUAAUAUGAGAGAUACAAUGUGGCUGAGCCUUAUUUGUAUGAAAAAGUAGCUCAGAUUUACAUUUUUAUUUGCUCAAUAACUUUAUUCAUUUGUAUCUUUCAGCACUCAUUUUAAAUGUAAGAAAUGUUGAUUUUUGUUUUUAUAAAAAUAUGGGGACAAUGCUUUAAGUUUUUAUACUUAUUUUUUAAAAUGUUUGUCUUCUAUAGUACAACUAGCCUUACUGUAACACAGUGUGACACAGUAAUAAACAUCAGUGGCAGGCCACUGGUUUCAACAUGACUGUCAUGCAUUACAACGUGGUGUCAAAGGUAUUAACCUUUUUCUUCCAUGGUUCAUAUUAGAUUUCACUUGGGAUAAUUUUGUUUGACUCUACCUUCUGGAGUUUACAGAUACAGGUCUUGAUCCUGCAAACACUCAUGCCUGUGCCUAAGUUGACUCCGGAGAGAAUACUCAAAUAAGUACAGUUAAGACCUGUAAAACUGUUAUUUGAAAUAGAGCCAUAGCAUGCAAUAUUGUCAUUUUCUAUAUAGGAGCCCAGAGAAAGUGGUAUCACUUAGUAAUGAUACAGUCACCUCCUAUGGAAUGCUUUCUCGAUCUGAAAACAAUGUUAUUGAUUAAAAUGAGCGUUUAAAUAUAAAUGCAAAAAAGGAAGAACUUACAGGGCUAAAACGAUUCUCUUAGCUUUCAUGCAUGUGGUAGAGUGAAAGGAACAGGCAGUCUGGGAAAGAACGGAGGUGGAAGUAUAUGUGUUCCUCUAAAUAUGAAAGUGACAGAUGAGUUGUUUUUUAAAGCUGAAGUCACGUAAAAGCAAAAUGUUCUGGACUUCGUUUCAGGUUUAUAGCAGAAAGCAUUCACACUGGGUCUCUCUCUUUUUUUUUUUUUUUUUUUCCUUCUCCUCUCGUGGUUUCUUUUCUCUCUUAAUGUGGAGCUUGGCCUCCCUAAAUCACAUAGGCAGAAAUGCUUGUUCUGUCACUUUAAUACUGUAACUUCCAGACUGUUAAUGCUACAUGGAUUUCACAGACUGUUUAUUUCUCCUGAAAAUGUCUAUCUGAUGGAUUGUGAUUUCUCUGGUAUAUUUACACUUCAGAUCAAAUCUGCAGGCGGGGUAAACACUAUGUUACUAUAUUGCUCUUUGUGGAAAAGUACUUCUUGUUAGAGAGCAUGACUGAAGAUGGAAAGCUCCUCUGUGGAAAGCUUUUCAGUUAGCAGACACUAUUCUAGAUACUUACUAAGAGAGAAAUAUCAAAGGAAAGUUAAGUGAUUGGCGUUUGAAUUAAUCUUCAGCAUUUGUAGCUGAAAAUGACUCUGAAGGAACAGUUAGAGAUACAUGUAGAUUUGUUUGCAUGUGUAUGUGUGCAUAUGCUUGGGUUUUCAUUUUUAAUUUUAACUAGACUCAUGGAAGAAAGAUGGUCUUUACUAGGGAAUAAUAUCUAGACCUACGUGAGAAGUAUUUUCCUGCAUUGUAGCGUAUUUUCAACAGGAAAAAGUUUGAAAUCUGAGAUCAGUAUUUUAUCACAUGCAAUGACUGUGGUCUACAUUGGAUGUAUAAAAGCAUGCGAAAAGGGAAUUUUCAACAAAGUGGAGCAUAAUCUGGAAGGAUUUGUGGAUGUGAGAACAAGAGAGACUAGAAUGGAUUGCAUAAAACCUCAGUGACUCUGGUAUAAACAACAUAUAUGCACAGAUUUUAAUAAUUACUUUUACAAAUUACAAAAAAUACUUAAAGCAUGGUCCCCUGAGAGGCCAAGAAAGUUUCCGGUUAAGUUCUCCUUCAUGUUCAUUAAUAUUUACCACUUACAGCUUAAUUUUGUUUGUUUGUCUGUGUUUGGUUUGUUUUUAAUUUAAUGUAAGACUGGGGGAGGGAUAUAAAUAAGAAAUGACAGAAUUCUCAGGAAACAUAUCGCUCAACUUCUUGCCAAAAAGUCAACAUGUAAAGAAGCUCCAAAAAUAAUUUCUGAGUAGAGAAAGGUAUUUGUUGAUUGAUAACUGUAAACAAUAGAGCAUCAAUCAACCAUUUUUCUUAUUCUUUUUAAAUAUCAUUUCCUGCCUCUAGUCAAAUUAAAUUAUUUAGAUGUUAAAUGUUCACAAUUUUGUACAAUGUAUGUAAGUGCAAUAUGUAAACAUGUAUGGAAUCAUGUUAAAAAUGAAAUAUAGUGAUACAGCUAAGAAAAGUGGCUUUUGGACUACAAAUGUCCAUUAACUGAUGGUCGGUAAAUUCUAAGUCUGGAAAAGAAAUAUAUUAAUUUUCGUAUAAAAUUAACUGAUGAGACUCUCAUGACUGUGGGAAUACAAUACUGUGUAUUUUUUUUUGCAGUAACUGGGAUUCUUUAGUUCCUUCACCAACUACUUGGCUUUACCACUUAUUUUCUCCUUAGCUAUUUCUACGAAAGUUAAGAAAUAGGAAUGCUUAUAUUAGGGGUGGCAAAAGAAUUUUCCCCCUUAAUAUAUUUCAAAGAAAACACUGAUACUUAUUCCUACUUUUCAUGAAAAUUUAAGGUGAAAACAUUCGUAAUGUUCAUGGGUCAUUAAUGGGCUAAAACCACUACAUUUUCUUUUUCAUGUAACCAGUUCUUAAUGCCAAUAAUGCAUUUAUGACUGACAUUCUUCAUAAAUGCUACCGGAAACUUUAAGGCCAAAAUAUAGUGUGCAGAGCUAUUUUUUUAACCCAGAUACAGUGGAACUUCCUCUAUACUCAAAAGAAGCAGCUACAUUAAGGUUUUUAAGUGAUAGAGCUGCUUUUUAUUGUAGCUUAUUUAUACCUGUAAAAAAGGAGGGAGGGGGGAAAGGAUGUUGCCUCUUGCUUUGAUGUGAUUUUAUUAUAAGGGCUCUGAUAAUUAGGCUGAUAGAAGUUGGCUUGGAAACAGUGCUUAGUCUCACAUGUUACCAUUGUCUGGGGAUGUCUGAGCUAUUUUCAGAUUUAGUAAUAGCACAGUGUUGUCUUGUCUUUGGUUGCAGUCUCACUUGGCUCAGUUUCUUGCACCACUGGAGUGUUCAUUACCACUUAAGUGUAUUGGAACAACAGAGUGAUGCAAGAUGUGUAGAUUAACAAUAGAGGAUUAAUUGUGCCCUUGGUGUUAACAAUGUGCCUUUUGUUACAAAUGCCAUGUGGUAGGGCAUGCAUCUUGGCCUCUUUAACCCUUUGAAUAUAGGAUAGUAAGGAUGAAAUCUAUUUUUAAAUGCUAUACCUGUCUUAAAACAUCCUGUAGAUUUUUGAGGCCUUAAUAGAAACAAUAAGGCAAUCACACUUCUGGGUGGAGAGGACGCUCUGUUCUUGCAGUAAGUCUCAUUAAGGGGUUAAAGAUGGCCCUUCCUCAUCGGUUGUACUUUAACAUCAAAUUGAUUUUUUUUGAAUAAAUUUUUGUUAAGGUGACACUAGACAGAAAUCAACUGUAUUUGUAAAAAUUUACCUCAAACUCUUUAGUUUUAUAGUGUGAUUUAAUCCCAGGGCAUUUGGUAUGAACCAAAGUGCAUUCCUUUUAUAUGUGCCUGGCUCUUAUAAAGGUGGCCAGGGAUUUUUACAAUUUGGGUGCAAGGCACUUAAGCCACUUUUAACUUGGUGGGUGGUUUGGAGUUAUAAAUGACUUCGUGGGAAUGUUGAAAACACUUUAGACAUAAGUAGCAUUGGGCAAUAUUAGAAUCUUUAGGAAAAGGUGUGCAUUAUUUAAUGCUCUCCAUUUUUUAGUAUUUUUCCAUCAAUAAUAUUUGUGAUAAGUAUAAAAAUAACUCUUUUUUUUUCUUUUUCCAGUCAACAAAGAUUAUAAUAUUGUCCAAGUUAAUGCUAUGGUAGCAUUUAAAUAAAACAUUUGUGAAUUAUUGUUUCUAGGGGCUUGUACAUCUCUGCUACAAAUUGUAAUUACUCAGUUCAACUGCUACAAUUACGUCUAAGCAGUAGCUUGGGUUUUUAUUGGGCAACGACUUAGACACGUGACUGUAAUAUGCUGCAACUGUGUGUACUGAAAACAUGUGAAAAAUGAUUGAAUGUGGACUGUGUAUAUAUGUAUGUAUAAUUUUCUGUGAGAUGCUGCUGUUGCCACUUAACAUUAAAGAUGUUGUAGUGGGUUUUAAUCCUAGUGGCCAGUUUUAUGAUACUGUAUGUAUUGUACAGCUGAUGACAGGAGUUAAGACUGUUCUAGUGAAUAUUUGUUACAUUUUAUUGUUGUGGCCAGAGAUCAUUUCAGAAUAAAAUUUUAUGUCCUACUUUA